AAGCUGGGAGCGCGGGCGCCGCGGCCGUUGGUGGUGCGCGCGCGGCAGCCAUCACGGGGACGGUCUCCGGUGGCGCCUGGAGCGGGUCGGUUCGGCCGUUGGGCGGGAGUGCUUGGCCGCUUGCGGCGGGCGCUCCUUCCGCCAUCCGGAGCGGCCUUGCGGCUGGAGCUUCCCGGGGCGGCUCGGCGCUACCGGAGUCGGGAGCGGGAGUCGUUACGCGACCGUCCUCUUGCUCCGCAGCCAUGGGACCAAAAAAUAAGCUUCUGCAAAUCAAAGAAGCCUUUCAGCUGGCCCAGAAGCCUUACAAGAACCACUCGAAACUUGUCGUAGCUUUGAAGAGCACCUAUAAUCAGUUGGAAGAUAAGGAAGAUUUUAAUGAAAAAUUCGUUCAUUUCCUUAAGUAUGCUAUGAUUAUCUACAGACGGGAACCAGCAGUGGAACAAGUGAUCAAUUUUGUGGCUCAGUUUGUCACUUCAUUUUAUCAAGUGGAGAAAGAGGAUGGUAGUGAGGAGGAAGGAGAUCAUUUACUUCUGAGUUAUGUGUUUAACUUUCUGCUUAAGUCUCACAACGCAAACAGCCAUGCGGUUAGGUUUCGAACAUGUCAGCUUGUUAAUAAGAUUUUGGGAAAUAUGCCAGAGAAUGCCCAGAUUGAUGACGACUUAUUUGAUAAAAUUAAUGAAGCUAUGCUAAUUAGACUUAAAGAUAAAUUUUCGAAUGUGAGAAUUCAAGCUGUCUUGGCCCUAUCUAGGCUUCAAGAUCCUAAGGAUGAAAACUGUCCUGUUGUUAAUAUUUACAACAUAUUGCUUGAAAAUGAUUCAAAUUCAGAAGUGAGGCGUGCAGUGCUGUCAUGUAUUGCUCCAUCAGCAAUGACUUUGCCAAAAAUUAUAGGCCGCACAAUGGAUGUGAAGGAAGCUGUGAGGAAGCUGGCAUAUGAGGUUUUGUCAGAAAAAGUUCAUAUGAGAGCACUGUCGAUAGCACAGAGAGUAAAAUUGUUGCAACAAGGACUUAAUGACAGAUCUGAUGCUGUUAAGGAGGUAAUAAAGAAGAAGCUGCUUCAAGCCUGGUUACAAUUGACUGAAGGGAAUGUUUUAGAAUUGCUUCAUCGACUUGAUGUGGAAAACUGCCCAGAAGUGGCCAUCCCAGUACUUAAUGCUGUGUUUUCAUUAACUCCACUUCAUGACUUUGUUCAGAAUGAUAAAAACCUUGACAGCAGAAAACUGAUUCCACUGGAAGACUUAACAGCUGAGAAGGUGUUAUAUUGGAGAUGUCUUUGUGAAUAUCUAAAAUCAAAAGGUGCAGAAGGUGAAGAUUUAUUAGAAAAGAUGUUGCCGGAACCAGCUGUAUAUGCAGAUUACUUAUUAAGUUACCUUCAAAAUAUGCCAGUUCUUAGUGAAGAACAAAGAGAAGACUUUAAUUGUUUUGAAAACCUGAUGACAAAAGAAUUUAUAGGCCAGCAACUAAUUCUUAUCAUAGACUGCGUGGAUACCACAGAAGAGGGAGGAAGAAAACAUCUGUUAGUUACUUUACAAAAGAUUCUCACUCUACAUGCAACUUCAACAGCCCUUAUAUCUCUGCUUGUGGAAAGAUUACUCAAUAUUGUUAAGGAUGAUGACAGAAGGAUUGAAAUUAUUGUAGAAAUUAUAUCAGAAGUUCUUGAUCCAACUGUUACAGUCAACCAGCGUAUUGAUGCUGCUGAAAUAAGAAAGCGGGAGCUUAAGUUGGCUGAAAUAAAAGUGAAACUUAUUGAAGCAAAACAAGCUUUGGAAGAAUGCAUUACUCUGCAGGAUUUUCAAACAGCAUCAGUAUUAAAAGAGAAAAUAACUGAGUUGGAAGACAGUAAAAAUGAUAUGAUAAAAGAAAUAGAGCAACCUGAAAUUGAAGUAGUACAUGUGGAGAAGAAUGAUCCUGAAACACUGUUGAAGUGUCUGACGAUGUGUUAUGAGCUUCUGAAGACUCUAUCCCUUUCUAAAGGUAUUAGUCCAACCAUUAAUGGAAUCAUUGAAUCUCUGAUACUUCCUGGCAUAACUAAUGUCCAUCCAGCUGUGCGAAAUACAGCAGUUCAAUGUUUGGGUUGCUGUGCCCUUCAGAGCAAAGAAUUUGCCCAACAACAGCUUACAUUGCUGAUACAGGUUUUACGAAUAGAUAAUAUAAAGAUAAAGCUCAGUGCUUUAAAGGCAAUCUUUGAUCAACUAAUGCUGUUUGGGAUUGAACCAUUUAAAGCCAAAAGAGGCAAUGUCUCUCAAAGUGAUGAUGCACAGAUUAGAAUGGAGGAAGAAAGUGAAACAAUAGAGAAGGAAGAAGACACUGCUAUGAUUACUGAACUCCUGCAGCUUCUUUCUGGUUUCUUAGACAGUGAGUUUUCAGAACUUAAGACAGAAGCUGCGGAAGGCAUAGCCAAACUGAUGUUCUCUGGGAGACUUAUUAGUGCCAAGCUUCUUUCUCGUCUUAUUUUGUUGUGGUAUAAUCCUAUGACUGAAGACGAUACUCGGCUUAGACACUGUCUAGGAGUUUUCUUCCCUUUAUUUGCUUAUGCAAAUAGGUCUAACCAGGAAUGCUUUGAAGAAGCUUAUCUUCCAACUCUGCGAACACUGUUCAACGCUCCUGCAACUUCACCUUUGGCUGAAAUAGAUAUCAGUAAUGUUUCUGAACUGUUAGUGGACCUGACCAGACCAAGUGGACUAAAACCUCAGUCUAAAAAGUUUCAGGGCUAUCAGGACUCAACAGUGCAUGACAACUUAGCAAUGAAAAUUUGCAAUGAAAUCUUGAUGGACCCAACUGCACCAGAUGUUCGUAUUUAUUCAAAAGCUUUAAAUUUACUAGAACUCAGUAGUUCUUCCACGAAGGAUCUUCUGGUUCUGCUCAAUGAGAUUCUAGAGAAAGUGAAAGAUAGACUGUGUCAAAGAGCUAUUGAGAAGAUCAAGAUGAACUUGACCAAAGAUCGUGAUGUGGGCAAAGACCACUCUGAAGGGACACGGGAAACUGACGUCACAUUAUUUGAAAAUACUAUUCAAAACAAAGAAGAAAAUAAUGAAGGUCUUCUUCGUACUCCAGUUACUGAAGUUAAAAGUAAUACAACUGCAAAAUUGAAAUCCAUGAGAAGCAAAGCUGGCAAAGGACAACGGAAAGCGGCAGCAGAAGUGAGGUCUGUGAGCAGAAGAAAAACUGGCACAACUGUAAAACGCAGUAGUGAAAGUGACGAUGAAAUUGCAGAAUCGAUCCCAGUGUCAAGUACAAGGCCUUCAAGGCGAGCAAAAACAGCGGCAAUUGAAAAAACAAGAAUGAAUCUUUCAGAACUUUUGGAUAGGGAAGCAGAUCAGUGAAGACAAAAGGAGAGAAGUGUCCUUUGCUAAUGCUGGUAGUUAACAUCAGACUUGAAAAAUAAGAUUUGUUUUGUUGUUAGUCAUAUUUAACUCUAGGAGCUUUAACUUGUUUUUAAAAUAGAUGCUUUUGAUGAUUUUCCUGAUACGAAGUCCAAUAUCCAUGUAAUAAAAACAUAUUAAAAUAUUACCUAAACAGAACAUGGAUUUUUUUUUUUUUUUUUUUUUUUUUUUACUUUAUGGAGAAGAAUGCUUUUUAUCUACAAGUAAAAAUUGCUGUUGGUGGUAGGUACUUCAUAGUUAAUGCUGUUUUGAUAUUUAACAUUAUUCAGAGGGAAUGUUUGACCUGGAGUGGUUGCUUGUGGUGGCAGCAAUUUUGAAUGUACCUACCUCUAAUGCACCCACUUUUUUCAUUUAUUAGCAUGUGCACCUGCUGACCAGAUUUUAUUGCUUGUGUUAGCAUUAAAUAGAAUUAAUCUUAAUUGUGAAUUUUGCUUCCUGCAGGUAUGUGUCCACUUUAUUUAAAAUAAUGUCAAAAUGGUAAAACGGAUUUACUUAUUUUAUAAACCUAAGCCGAAAGUCUGCUACUGAUCUUGACCUUGUUAUGUAAAAUCUGUGAUUUUCUUUUUGAAAAGCAUCAAAAUAUUUAUGGUACAAAAUAAGAUCCAAUAAGGAAAGAAAAACUUUUGAGAAAGGGCAAAAGAGGAAAUACUUUGAGGUCUGUGUGCUGUCUUUUUGAAGUGGCAUACAAUUGUGAUUGCUUUGUAGUUUUGACGUUCACAAACCUUCUUCUGAGGACAUGUCUAGAAAUAGUCGUGAGUUUUACAGAGACAGUAGAUGAUUAACUUUAAACUGCAUGUAGGAGUCGCUGGUGGCUGAGCAGAUUUACUCUGGAAGUGCUAGUUUUUUGGUUUGGAAACACUGUCAGUCAUGUCUGUCUUGGUUACAAGAUAGGUAAUGUCCAAGGCAGUCAGAGAAAACUCAUGUCGAUUGCUUGGUAUGAGCAUCUCAACUACUGAUGCCGAAGGGAGCUUUCGAAGGAACUUGCGUUUAAAAUAGGUAAAUAUACUGUAAAUGAUCUUUGGUAAUUCUCAGAAAUGGCUUAGGGACACAAGUGAAAAGCAGUGCUCUCAGAGUGUAAUGCCGAAACUAUUAUGCUAUUUUCAAGCUUGCAUAUAGAAAACAGGCAGGAUUGUGUUGCUUUUCCUCCCUUUCAGUUUUUGUUGGAAACUUGUCAAACCACAAAAUGCCAUGACACACUUUUCUGCUGAUAUUUGCUAUUCAGAAGCUUAUGUAACUGAAUUAUUUUUAUUCAUCUUCUUAAACUGAACUUUGAAGUCCUGAGCUCCCUCUUUUGAGAAUUCUUUUCUUCAAAUCCCCAACUUUGUUCUAGCAUGAGCGUGUGCUCAUGCAACCACUCGAGAUCAGUGUCUGUCCCCUCGAAUGCUGCCUGAAUGUAGUUCAAAAGGGUGAAGGAUACACUUCAGUUUUUUUCAGCUGAUUUUCAGAGCUUUCCUUGUGCUUUAAAGUUUAGGUGUGUGGUUUUUUUUUUUUUAUUACUCCAGUUAAAAGUUCUCUCUCACCCUCACUCUCGAGUGGUUUGCUUUUCUGCCACUAAUACACUUUCAACAACUUCUGCUCAUCCACUCUUAUUGUUGGUUAAAAUUAAUUUCUAGGGAAGGCAGGAGCAAUAAAAAUUUAUAAAGGCUUCUCUGAAUGCCUUCCUGAAUAAAUUGGAGACCUUCA